GGACGACCAUCUUGGAUUGCCCAGGGGAUGUCCCUUUUAUUUAAUUAAAUCAACCAUUUAAGCCUUCCUCUUCUCCCCAUUUCCUCUCCCCUCUCAACCACAUCCAUCGCUAUGUCCGUCGUCGCAGAAACCGACUACUCGCUUCCCAUCUCCACUCUUCUCAAGACAGAGACGGCCGCAGCUCAUGAGGAGGCUGAGCAUAGCCAGGGAGCUGGGUGGCUCACCCGCGGUGAGCUUGACAAGGACGAGUACAUUCGUUUCGUCAUGAUGCUGUACCACGUCUACGAGACGCUCGAGCAGGGACUCGACCGCCAUGCUUCACACCCCGUCCUUGCGCCCAUAUACAACCCAACCCUCUUUGCGCGCACCCAAUCCCUCUCCGCCGACAUCUCCCACCUCCUGCAAGUUCCGGAGUCAUCGUGGCAGUCACACCCGAUGCACGCCCAGCUGACUUCGAACCCGCCCGCGCCUUUCUCGGCCUACACCGCUCGCCUCCGAAAGCUUGGAGAGUCGCAGCCCGACGCACUCCUCGCUCACGCUUAUGUCCGGUACCUGGGAGACCUCAGUGGAGGGCAGUUCAUCAAGCGUAGGAUCGCCAAGGCGUACGGGCUUGAGGACGGCGACGGUCUCUCCUUCUACGACUUCAAGCAGCUCGGUGGAAACGCGUCGGGAACUAUCGGAGACAUGAAGAAGAUCAAGGAAUGGUACCGUGACGGUAUGGACAAAGGCGUUGGUAACGACCCUGCACUAAAGGCCCGGAUCAUAGAUGAAGCACAAAUCGCUUUCCAACUUAACACUGGCCUCUUCACCGCUCUCCGAUCUCCGAAGGUCUUUAUUAGCCAACCGACGCCUGCGGCUCUGGGCGAUCCAGUAACUCCUGACUCGGACUCGCCGCCAAGCACUCCAUUGCUGUCCAUGAAGUCCGUAGAGGCAAUGCAGGCCACGAGCGGCUUCUCAAUGUCCUCCGUCGCCGCCUUCCUCCUCGCUCUCUGCCUUGCGCAGCUCCUUAUUGUCUUCGGCGGACUCCCAGGCAAGCUCGAAGCGGUUUUGCACAGCCUGGCCAGUCUAUUCUCCGCGUCUUCGUAAUCCAUACACACUUCCGACUAUGCACUGCCGCGAUGACACUUUCCGAACAGGUAGUCUCAGAGGACACGCUUACACCUCGUGUCAAACUGUUUGCGCCACUUAUUGAUACCAGCACGUCAUGAUGUCCCUUACCCGCAAUGAAGGACUCCAAUUGACAGGACCGCAGCAUACAAUUACUAAUCUUGGCCUCUGCUUCUUUUGUACAGCUAGCAUCGUAGUCUCUUGUAUAUAUACAUGCAUGCAAUGUACUAUUGAACAUAGUUACGAUUG